CCCUCUUUGCCAUCUGAUUUCAGGAAAACAACCAUUGUUCUUCAUCAUUUUUUUUGUUUGUGAAGCAGCUAGUACUAAAUUGAGAUAAGUAUACAGAUAUCAAUAAACUCUUCAACAUAUCCUUCAUUCCUCCUUUACGCAGCUCGAUAUUCGCAAUGGACGAAGAAAUGGACGUCUACUCUUCCGAUCCAUAUUCUUCUGGAUACUACUCCUAUUACCGCUCUCGGUUCAACCCUGAGCCCGUGGAGAGGCCUCCUCCUAUCACAGACUACAAUAUCCGGUUUGUUGAGGGAAGUGGAUCGAGUCAUGGAAAGUGCAUAGACCUUGUGUUCAUCCUAGACUGUACUGGGUCCAUGCAGAAGUACAUUAACUCAGUUAGAGAUCACAUCAUUGGGAUUUGUGAUAUGAUCAGAGGCGAGGAGGGGUUGAAUGGACCAGAUGAUCUUCGAGUGGCUGUUGUCAACUAUCGAGACCAUCCUCCUCAGGAUAGUACUUAUGUAUACAAGUUCCACCCUUUCACCUCUGACAUCCCAGAGGUUCAGAACUACCUCAAAGGUUUGACUGCGUCUGGUGGUGGGGAUGGGCCCGAAGCUGUGACAGCGGCAAUGGCGGCAACUCUCACCGAGCUUGAAUGGAGAAGGGAAGCGGCGAGGAUGGCCGUGCUCGUGGCGGAUGCUCCACCCCACGGUAUCGGGGAGGGUGGUGACCAAUUCAAACAGGGUGACCCCGACGGGCAUGACCCUUUGGUAGUCGCGCGAAUGAUGGCUCAGAACGGUAUUACUAUGUUCAUGGUCGCUUGCGAAGAUACCCUGUCUGGAUAUAGCCACGCUGUUGACUUUUUUCAAGCCAUCUGUAACAUGACAUCAGGUGUUAUGCUCCCCCUCACGACCGCUGAUCUCUUGGCAAUGACGAUUGUCGGCAGUGUUUUGGAGAACAUGGACAUGGAAAGGCUGAUAGCCGAAAUUGGUGUUGAAGUGGCUCAACGGAUUAAGCAGAAAGGAGAGUCAAUGCAGAGCGUUGAGGAAGUAGCUCAGGAAUUGCAUGAACGUUUGUUGCUGCGUAAUGAGCAAACCAAGCAAGUGCGUCUUCCAGAGGUCUAUGUCCCACAUGAAAAUGCAAAGAAGAAUGUGUCGACGUGGAUGAACGCCGCAUAUAUCGGUGAUGCCGUACCCAACAUACUUGCUGUCCCGGGUAAGAGGCUCACAGACAAAUUCCGAAAACAAAACUACGCUGCUGGCUUCACAUAUACACCUGGUGGCCGUCUUCCUCCGCGUCGCACAUCUGCCACCCCAUCAGCAACGUCCGCCGCCCUUCCUCCUACACCUUCAUCCCCUAUCCACUCUUCCCCUCCAGUGACCUCCUCGUUUUCCGCGGCUUCACCUCCCAGACGAGUUGUUAGUGAUUUCAAACCUUUUGGAGCACCCGCUUCGAAAAACCUCAGUGUCUUUGGCGCGCCGAUGCUCUCUACACCAGGUCCGGGAGGUGGAAUGUUUGGCUCGAUGGGGAGGACGCCAGGUGCGAUUGGGGGUAUGAGAGAUACGAAGGCGGAUGAAGAUGAUGAGGAUGAAGAUGAGGAAGGGGCAAGGCUUAGGAGAGAUGCGAUUAGUUUGGAUCAAGCGAGGAGAAUCGCGACCCAGGCCGUUUUCCGAGUCGCUAGGUCCUAAGAUGGAUGAGUAAAGCAUAAAUGCGGUAUAUACAGGCAGCACAUCAAAUAGGCAGAGAUCAAUGACAUUGUAGAAGAUUUUGUGUAUAGCCACCAAGGUUACCCUACAUGAUAGAUGUUUUGUCUUCUGAUAUUUGGACUGGCAGGAGGGACGACAGUUUGUAUAUAUUUGGGUUGGUUGGUGGACUCAUGCGAUGUGAAUGUUUAUUUGAUGUUGCUCACAUAGGGUCGAGUAGCGGCUGAUAGUUAAUCUAUGGAAAGUACAAUGUGCAUUUGCAAC